GUCGUGCUCGAGUCUUGGCAUUUUUGCAUUAAAACGCGCUCUCGGCGCUUGUAAACCAACAAAAGUUAAACUGUUCUGCAAAGUGCAGCGUGCUUGGCUGAAGGAGUCGUUUGCCAAGCUGCAUUUCGAGACAACAACAAAGAAGUUAGUGGAGCAUCCAACGCUGGUUGCGCUUGAGAAGUUAGUGGAACGAGAAGCGAUUGUAUUGCAAUUGAAAUAAGCAACAACAGCAAGUUAAUAAUUGUUUAUAAACAAAGAAACGCGUUCACCUACACACACGCACACACACACACACACACACACACACACAUACAGCAACAAAAUGGUGGACUAUUACAAAGUAUUGGAUGUGGCACGCACUGCCACCGACGGUGAAGUGAAAAAAGCCUAUCGAAAAUUGGCGCUCAAAUGGCAUCCAGACAAGAAUCCGGACAAUUUGGAAGAGGCAAACAAACGUUUCCGCGAGCUUUCCGAGGCCUACGAAGUCUUGUCUGAUGCCCGUAAGCGACGUAUCUAUGAUGCUCGGGCCACGCUGCACAAAACGUCAGCGAGCAGCAGCAGCAGCACAAACGGUUACUAUUCUCGAUACCGCAGCGGCAGCGGCAACGGUGCAUCAUCGACGAGUCGUGACUACGACUAUGAUUAUUAUCCCAGCUAUAGCAGCAGUGCGGCUGGGCGGCGUGGCAAUCGCUAUCAGGCGUUUACCUUCCGCAACUUGUUCGAGGGCACGCCGUUUCACAAACUGUUUGAAAAGAAACGCCGCAUUUACGAUGAGUACGGCAAGGAUGGGCUAGGGGAUCGGGCCCAGAGCCGCUCGCAUGCCCGUCAUCAUUACACGCACGACUUUGAUGACUUUGACAUUAUGGGCGGCUUUCCGUUUGUGUUCCGACCGCCCGAGGAGGUCUUCCGCGAGUUCUUUGGCGUCAAUUCGCCCUUCGCCGACUUCUUUAGAGAUGCCAAUGGCUACUCACAGUCAAAUGGCGCCACUAGCAGCAGUCGACGUCAUGGCGGACACACUGGCCACAAUAGCGUCAACGGCGGCGGCGCUGCUCGCCAUCAUCAUCAUCACCAUCAGCACAAAUUGGCGAGCCCGUUUGGUGCGCCCAUGCUCAACUAUUCAAUGAUGGACUUUUUCAUGCCCACCAGCGGUUUCACCUCCUUCUCCGCCAGCAACAGUGUCGCCGGCGGCGGCCACCACAGCAACGGAGCCGUUAAGCGCACAUCCACCUCAACGGUAUUUGUCAACGGCAAAAAACUGAUGACCAAACGCGUCGUCGAAAAUGGCAAGGAAACUGUCUUUUCGUAUGAAAAUGAUGUCCUUAAAUCAAAGACUGUAAACGGAGUAUCCCAAAAGCUCUCUUCAAUAGCGAAUUAAAUAAAUGGGAAACAACACAAGUGGAUAACAAGUUAUUUAUCAAAAACAAAACAAAAAAAAAGUAAAAGCUGGAAAAAAAUAAUUCAAUACGAACGCGCGGACAUAACAAUAACAAAGAAAAAGUCAUAAAUUUAAACAAAAAAAAAACCAAGAACGAGAAGAAGAUAAACGCAAGAUGAACGCUUUCUUAAUGCUUCGUUGAUAAAUAUGUUUAAUGAAAUUGUUCUACAUUAGAAUUUAGUUAUGUUUUAAUGAAACCGUUUAUUUGGAAGGGAGCAGCAAAGGCGGGCGACGGCAACAGCAGCAGCAGCAACAGCAGCAACAACAACAACAACACCAUCAGCAGCAGAAACGACAGCAACAACAACAAAAUGGCAGUUAAUUAAAUUACUUGUAGGGCUUAUGGUUAUUUGAGUGCAAAUUUGAUUCGAAAUUCUGAACAUGCAGGCAAAACAAAUUUGUUGUCAAAAGUUUCGAACAAAAAGCCUGAAAUACAUUUAAAUAUUAAAGCCGAGGUAGCAAGAGCAAAGCAAGCAAAAUAAAACAAACACAACUGAAAUGCUGAAAA